AUGCUUCUCUCGUUAGGAAUGAUUCUUGCCGCCGCCGUGUCCGCGCAGGCAAUUUCUCUACCACUAACAACACGCGACUCACAACCUCAGUCGCGAUCUUCCGUAUGGAAGCCAGCCGUGGGGACGACGUGGCAGAUCGUUCUCCGGCACCCACUUACCAUCAACCCGCAGUCUCCCUCGGUUGAGCCCAGCCACGUCGAAGUGUAUGACAUUGACCUGUUUGACAACACCAAAAACGGCACCGACGGGUCAACCAUCGCGGCGCUGCACUCCCUCGGCAAAAAUGUUAUUUGCUACUUUAGCGCGGGCACGUACGAGGGUUGGCGCCCUGACGCGGGGGAUUUCAAGGCCGCCGACAAGGGAAAUAGAAUGCACAACUGGAACGAAACUUGGGUCAACAUCAACAGCCCCGAUAUACGGGAUGUGAUGGCCAAAAGGAUCAAGAUUGCUGCAGAUAUGGGAUGCGAUGCGAUUGAUCCGGAUAACAUCGACGGCUAUCUCGAGGCCCCAGUCAACGACCAAGGCCCGUCCACAUUCCGCCUCGACAAGGCCUCCACCACCAGCUUUGUCAAAUUCUUGUCCGCCGAGGCGGCCAAGUACAAAAUGUCGACGGGGUUAAAAAACGCAGCCGAGGUGAUUGACGACGUCAGCUCGGACGUUCACUUUUCCGUCAACGAGGAGUGCGCCGCUUGGAAGGAGUGCAACUUGUUUCUCAAAUUCAUCAAGGCAGGGAAGCCCGUCUUUCACAUCGAGUACCCGGCCGGCAUGGAAAAUGAUGCCGACGAGACGCCACUGAAGGAUCUGACCAAGUGGUGUCAAAAGACUCCGGACUGGAGCGGGCCCGAUGUGGACAUCUCCAAGAUGAAUCUCCAAUUGAACGGGUGGGUUCAAUACUGUGAUGGCAAGACUUUCAAGACGCCCAAGUGA